GUAAGCUCUCUCUCAGCUCUCCCAUUGGCUGUUUUGUGUCAGCUGAGUCAACGCACCGGAAACGGGAACUCUUGAUCGCGUUGAUCCUCAUCUGCUGUAGUUCAGUUUACGUUUAAUUAUUUUCCACAAUAUUCGCUUUGUGACUUACAUAAUUAGUUAUUUAUUUAAAGGAGGUGUUUUUAGAAUGGGUUAUAAUUUCUGAACAAACGCCAAACUGAAGUCAUACUUGCUGUGCUCUAAACUCUGAUUAUUAACCAUGUCGGGGAGUUUUUAUUUCGUUAUGGUGGGUCACCAUGAUAACCCAGUGUUUGAGAUGGAGUUUCUCCCUCCUGGAAAGGCAGAAGCAAAGGAUGACCACAGACACCUGAACCAGUUCAUCGCUCACGCUGCUCUGGAUCUGGUGGAUGAGAACAUGUGGCAGUCCAGCAACAUGUACCUGAAGACUGUGGACAAAUUCAACGAGUGGUUUGUCUCUGCCUUCGUCACAGCUGCUCAUAUGAGAUUUAUUAUGCUUCAUGAUGUUCGGCAGGAGGACGGAAUCAAGAACUUCUUUAAUGAUGUUUAUGAUCUGUACAUCAAGUUUGCAAUGAAUCCCUUCUACGAAGCCAACGCACCGAUUCGCUCCACAGCUUUCGACAGGAAAGUGCAGUUUCUUGGGAAGAAGCAUCUGCUCAGUUGAUUCAUUUUACUGAAUGUUUUUUGCGUUUUUGUUGUCGUGCAUAAAUAUACAGGUGUGCUGUUAAUGUUUCAGUUGUUUAUACUCAUCAUUGCCUGCUUAUAUUCACACUCUUACCUACUACUGUACAACAAAUGAAGCGUGAUUACAGAUUAUUUUUAAAGCAUAAAACAGGAAUGCAAAAAUACAUUUACACACUAAACCUUUCAAAUGCAACAA